UUGAAACUUUCUGUUUUGGGAAUUCACAGGGUCAAUGAUUUGAAGACUGGUACGCUGAUAGGAAUUGACAAAUAUGGAAACAAGUACUAUGAAGACAAAAGAAACUUCUUUGGUCGACACAGAUGGGUCAUCUAUACUAACGAAAUGAAUGGCAAGAAUACGUUUUGGGAAGUUGAUGGAAGUAUGGUGCCCCCUGAAUGGCAUCGCUGGCUUCACUCGAUGACAGAUGACCCUCCAACUACUCAUCCGCCAGUCGCUCGUAAAUUUAUUUGGGAGAACCAUAAAUUCAACCUCAGUGGCACUCCCGGACAGUAUGUACCUUAUUCUACUACUCGCAAGAAGAUACAAGAGUGGAUCCCACCUACAACAGCUAGUAAAUAGCAACAAAAAAUGUGACUUGCCUCAGCUUUGGCUUUCAGUGUAAAUUGUAUUUUCACUGGUUUUGUUCAAAAUAAAAGCCUCCUAUA